AUGUCACCAGUCGAACGAACCCAACCAUCAGACGGCUUCUCCCAAGAAGAAAUAUCGCCUCCUCAACCCCCGAUGCUUACGACCGACACAACCGGGGCGACGGCUCAGGUUACACUAGAAAAGGUGAUGAAUCUAGCAAGGCGUAUGCCCCAGGACGAGCCGACGUUUUCCAGAAUUCUAUUGACAGAACCCAUGACCCUUAGACAAAACCCAAGCGCUGGUAUGGAAGGCCUUUCAUCCACCACAAAACAUCUUCCCCCGGAUAUGAUCGGCGGACUGGAUACUUCGCCCGUGUCGCUUCCUACUAAGGAGGCCGCUCAAAACCUUGUCAGGGCUUAUCUCCAAUUCGCGAAUCUCAGCCUCCCACUUCUCCAUGAACCAACAUUCAACCAAAAGCUGGAUCUUCUAUAUAGUAUGUCAAACGUUGUGGAAUUGAACCAUACUCAUGCCAACAUGGAAUCGAGAGUCGCGGUCUUCUUUGUCUUCGAGGUAUUCGCUGUGGCUCUCUUGACCCUCCAGAAACAGGAUCCCUCCAGAAUUCCAGCAUCAUUGGCAGAUCGAUACCAUAGAGCUGCAGUAAGAGCACUGAAUGAGACCGGGCUGCCCAGUGAUGUUGAGGGAGUGCAGGCUCUGCUUCUUGUUGGACAAUAUUGUUACCAUCAUCCAACUAUCUGGGCUGUCUGGAAAACAGUUGGGGCGGCUCUGCGCCUCGCAGUAGAAUUGAACCUCCACAGGACCCGCAUCCCAACAACGUGGAUUGUCUUACUUUGGACACAAUGA